AUGGCCGCCCAGCCCAAUCGCGGCCCCGCCAACAAUGGGUCUCGGCCCCACAUCCCCCACGACAUCUCUGAAGAUACUAUUCAGGUGGCAGACGAAGAACAAACCCCCCUUCUCUCCUCCUCUCAAGCCGAAACAGACCCCAUAACUAUCUAUGUCAGAAUCCUGAAGGAGAACCUACCCUGGUACAAGCGUCCGUCAGCAUCAUGGCUGUUCCCAAUCUAUGGGCUGGCCUCUGUCAGCGGAGGCAUGCUGUCGUCCUCGAUCGGACAGUUCCAGGCGGAGUUGUUGUGUAGGGAGUAUCUGAAUCGACACUCACCGAGCAAUACGACGGUGGCGGCCAUGGCGGAAUUCACAGCGUCUUUGUUCCAGGCAGCGGUAGUGGGUAAUAGCGAGAUGGUAAUGUUGAGACCCGCACUAGAAUGUCAGGUGCCCGAGAUCCAGGCGUACACAGCAAAGACCAUGGCGAUGAUCGAGGUCCUUGGCGCUAUUGCAGGCACACUGUCCAUCGGAUACUAUGCCUCGCUGAGCGACAAGCAUGGGCGAGUCAAGAUCAUGGUCAUUGGCCUUGUCAGCUCGCUCUAUAUGAUGUGCAACAUCAUCGCCAUGAGCAAGUGGUGGGACCAGUUUGGCCUGCCACUCAUGAUCCUUGGGUCCUUGGUCCAGGGCCUACUGGGCGGUAUGGGUGUCGGCGGAACGAUGAGUCUGGCCUAUGCGGCCGAUUGCACGGAUCCGAGUCGGCGUAGUUUGAUCUAUUCGUGGCUUCAUGCUGGAUUAUUCAUGGGGCUCGCUAUUGGAUCGUUACUUGGAGGUCUGCUUGUCAUGUGGUCGGGCAGCAUCUUGACGAUUGUCUACAUCGACAUUGUCGCAACCAUGGCAACACUUCUCCUCCUGAUCUUCUUCGUGCCAGAAUCCCUCCCGAGCAAGCAGCCUGCACAUAUCCAAAAGCUCUACGAACGGGCAGUUAAACACAAGCAGAACGACCACAAGAAACAAGACCAGCGACCCAUGGCAUGGCACUCACACAUGCUCCGGUCCCUCCAGUUCUUCAAGCCCAACGGUCAAAACACCAACCUGAUCCUCCUGGGUGCGAUCUCGUUCUUGCAAUGGCUGGCACUCAAGGGCACGUUCUCGGUCAUUAUCCUGUACACGAACAGGGUCUUCAACUGGACAGAGUAUGAAGAUGGAAUCCUGUUCGCGCUCAGCUCGACCGUGCGAUUGAUCUCCUUACUGGCUCUGCUACCGGUUUUGGUGCAUCUAUAUAAUAAGCACGCCGGAAAGAUUCAGAAGCGCGGACAGCAACAACAGGGAGCAAUCAACAACGACAACAACAAGAGAAACCGUCCAAGGAUUCGUGAUGGCACCGAGCACGAUGAGGGCCUGAUCACAGACCACCCAGAACGCGUUAUGGUUGUAGGUCUAGAAGACCCGACCGUGGCCUCAAGUGUCGAACAUCUGGGCGAAGCAGCUCUCAACCUUUCAGAUGAUGAGGCCCCAUUCGAAGAGCGUCGACGCCGCCAGUCGACUGCAGACUCUAUCGCGACCUGGUCCACUGAUCGCACACGACGUCCCUCGCAUCUAUCCUCAUCCUCGAACCCUGCUAAGAAGCCUAUAUCACCACCAUUAUCAUCAUCCUCCGCACCAAGCCCAGCACGCACCAAAGAAAAGGCCGCCAGUGAUCGCAAGCUCGACACAUGGAUCAUGCGAUUAGGAUUCCUGAUCAGCUCUGUGACCUACGUGGGUUACGGUCUUUCGACCAAGGGCUGGCACUUUUAUCUGUGGUCAUCCCUGCAUGCCGUGAGCAUCAUUGCUGCCCCAUCACUGAAGUCGUUGUUGACAGCGUUGGUGGAGCCAUCCCAGUUUGGGGCAGUACUGGGCGCAAUCCAGGUCGUGGAUUCGAUUGCGGGGAUCUUUUCGCCAGUGAUGAUCUCGUGGGUGUAUGCAUUGACGGUGAAGACGAUGCCGGAGUUUGUAUGGUAUUGCUGUGCGGCCUUGACGGCGGUGUGCGCGGUGUUGUCGUUUAUGGUCAGGCAGAAGCAGUUCUUGAGACCGGGCACUUCUGGCGCCACUGCUGCUGUAUGA